UCCAGGUGGUUGGAAACGGAAGUGAACUAUCUUGGACUGAUCCUUCAUAUCUUUAGUUACACGUCUCCAUGUUAAACGUGCUGAAAUCUAUUUUAGUACAUUUUCGUCGGUCUGAACAAACGUAAAUCAGCAACCGCUGCAUAUUAGUUGGUGUUUUACCGAUCAUUACGUACAUAAGUCAUUUCAGCAUUUGUUUCAUCGUAUGGUCAAUGCACUUUGCAUCCCAACCAUACACCAGCCUAAGACAGUACUGGUUCAGAACUAUGGCCUCAGGAUCCUUGGGCAAACAGCUGGCGGCUUGUCUGCUGAACAUUUCUGAGGCUCGCAGGACAGACCUGGUGCAGACUGUGGCCAGGACAGCUGUGUACACUACUGGAGGUGUGAGAAGAGAGGGGACCACAGUGCUGAACAUCUUUAAUGACUAUGACUACAACCGCUCUGUCAUCACCAUUGUGGCCAACAUCGACUCCAUCAGGGAGGCGAUUCUGUCUGCAUGCGAGACGGCCUGUGGGCUGAUUGACAUGCGCGCUCACACGGGGGUCCACCCGUGUAUGGGUGCCAUCGACCUCAUACCCAUCUACCCACUGGGGGAGGAGGUAGGGGUGGAGGACUGCGCUAGAGAGGCUCGAGCUGUGGCUCAGGGACUUACAGAGAGGGUCCAGGGAACCAGUGCCUUCCUGUUUGGCUGGGCAGACCGGCCCCUGCAGCGGGGGCUGUCACAGAGGAGGAAGGAGAUGGGCUGGUUCAAGAAGACGCCAGACUUGCAGGCAGUCAAUCCAGAUGUGGGACCACAACCACAACAACAGUUUGGCCUCACAGGUGUUGGGGCCAGUCCAUACGUCAUGAACUGCAACGUCACUAUCGACACUCAGGACAUUGUUUUUGGACGUAGCAUUGCCACAGCAAUUAGAGAGUCGACCCCAGGGGGCCUGCCUGGGCUGCAGGUGCUGGCUUUGCCACAUGAAGGUGCUGUGGAAAUUGCCUGCAAUGUGGAGAGCAUCAAGGGGAGCCCGCCUAGUCACAUGACAGCAGGUGAACCCUGGCCAUUUUUCAGUAUCGGCGGCCAGCUAUACUGUCAUGCUCCAGCUUCUCUCAUUACGGCGAGGGUUGCAGAGCUGGCAGGGAGGCAGGGGGUUGGCAUAAAGGGCACUGCAUUGGUUGGGUUCACCCCCCUUGAGUGCAGGGCCUUAGCAGAGUUAGCACUGUCUCAAGGAAUUGGUGAAUUCUGGAAAGAGCAGCACAGGAUCCGCAUGUGAAAACUAAUCCAUGGCAAAACCCAUGUAACCUCAAACAAAAGUCCACCAUCUUUGCUGUAAUUAAUAUAGGAAUUGACAGUUCACUUGGCCUUGCUCUCCUAAGUUACCAUUGCUACAGUAACCCAAGAUUUCCAUUCUCUUGUUGCACUGUUUGCACUUACUGUAUGGUGAUAUUAUGCUAAUAAUGUUUCACCACCAGCUGCUGAGCCAGGUACUGUACAAAGCAUGGGAAUAAAACAGCAGCAUUGUUCUCAUGUUGUGGGGGAGCUAGCUCUAGUAUUACAGAUGAUAGAUUAUUGUGUUGCACAUAAAAAUGUGAUUCAAACAUAUUUGUUAAUGUGAUCUCUGGGUUGCUGAGGUGUAAAGUUACCCAAACCAAAGAAGGGGCAGGAUGGAGCCAUAAUUGUUAUAGUUUCAUCUUGGCCAACACAGUGGAUGUUCCAGUCCUGAACAAGGAUGCAACAUGUAAUCCAACAGAAUUAUGUAAGUGACUAAUGAAAUGAUAUCACAAUACUAACUUACUACUGUAGCUAGUUAGCCAGGCAUGAUAACUAUGGUAGCUUAUAGAGAAGACCUCUACUUUUAACAGUAAUUUAGAGCAUCAAUAGUUGCAAUUAAAGAGAUUUAUCUUUUUUUGAUGAGCAGUUGUGUGUG